UCAAUCGUGCACCUUUUGCUUUGUCUUGUCUUGCAGUUGUUAGGCCCUGGUUGACUGUAAGAUGUCCACAGCAGACUUGUUUGGAUCUGAUUCAGAGAGUGACGAAGAUUUUGAUGCUGGAGAGGACAAGGAAGAUGAUGGGUCACCACAAGGUACUCCAGCAUAUCAGUCCGAGGGGGAAAGCUCGGACGAGGACCAAACAGAAGAGAGGCCUAACGAUACGAAUGAAGUAAGAAAUUCAGACGCAGAUGAAGCCGAGGAAGAUGGAAACGAAGAAACUGGUUUGCUACAAGAAGAAGCAGAAGAAAGUGAUGCCGAAGAAACAACAUUGGAAAAACGAAGAGAUUCUGCUCAAUCAGACGAAGAUGAUGAUGUUGACUCGGAUAUGAAAAACAUGAAUAAAGACUCUGCUGAAUCAGAAAAGAGGACUUCAGCACCAACUCAAGCAGACAUUUUUGGAGAGGAAUUAGAUGUUUCAUCAGAUGAAGAAGAAUCUGCAAUUCAGGCUGUUCCACAACAGGAACAAGAUAUUGAUGAAGAUGAGGCCAGUGAUUCUCAGAAAGAGCAACAAAAAACAGAAAAACAACCAGAAGAAGGCGUAGCUAUUGAAGUUGAGUUGCCAAAAGUAGAUACAACCAUUGGAGAUGAAGUCUUUUUUGUCAAAAUGCCAAAUUUUUUGAGCAUUGAGACAAAGCCAUUUGAUUCUGCAUUUUACGAAGAUGAGAUAGAUGAAGAUGAAGUCUUGGACGAAGAAGGUCGUGCACGUCUGAAAUUGAAGGUAGAGAAUACCAUCAGGUGGCGAAAUGCCAAAGAUAGUGAGGGCAGUGAUAUUAAAGAAAGCAAUGCCCGAGUUGUUAGGUGGUCAGAUGGCAGUUUAUCUUUGCAUUUGGGGAAUGAAAUUUUCGACAUUUUCAAGAUGCCUAUCGAAGGACUACAGAACCACCUUUUUGUUCAGCAGGGAACUGGGCUGCAAGCAAAAGCUGUUUUUAAAGAAAAACUCACAUUUAGACCGUAUUCGACGAGAAGUCAAACACAUUUGAAGAUGACAAUGUCCAUUGCGGACAAAGUUUCAAAAGCACAGAAAAUAAAGCUGAUAUCCGUAACAGAAAGAGAUCCAGAGGCUGCGAGGCGGGAGAUGUUCAAGAAAGAAGAAGAACGAAUGCGAGCUCAAAUGCGGCGAGAAAGUCAGCAAAGGCGAAUGCGUGAAAAGAACAGUUCUAAAGGUCUCACUGCUAACUAUUUAGAGUCGGAGAAUUUUGAGGAUGACGAACAAGAGCUCGAAGAAAGUCUUGCUGCUAUCAAGAGCCGUUACAAAAAAGAUAUUAAAGCCGGAAGAUCGCGCGAAGUAAGAGAUAUUUAUAGCGAUGACGACAGCGACGACGACAGGCUGAUGAAAGCAAAAGUCGACUUGAGCAGCGACGAAGAAGGACCACUUGGCACAAAGCGCAAAUCUAAAGAUGAAGGACCUUCAAAAAAGAAGAAAGCGACACGAAAAAUUGUCGAAAGUGACGAGGAAAGUGACUGAUUGCUUUCAAAUCGACGCAACUGCGUUGAAUUAUCAGGAUCUCUAGAUACUGUUAAUGUUGUAAAUAGUAAAUAACUAGUUGGGUGGUAAGGUAUAGCUUAUUGUCCAAUUUGUUACGCUAGCUACCAGAAGAAUGGUAUAGUUGUACAGUAAUAACAUGUAAAGCAUUAUGGGUAGUGGGAAAUUGCUUUUCCAUGAAUAAGAGCACCUUUAGUCGAUAAUGUUAUUUCGGUCUAGGUGAUUGAUGUGUAGACCAGAAGUGAACGUUUAAUCGUUCAAGAGCAUUUAUGUGAAUGCCACUAUUCCGCCCGUGACUUUCUGGAACUUCCACUUUUUUAUUACGUUUUUGAUAUUAACUUUUGUAUUAUCUGGUAAUUAUGAUGAUAUACCAUGAAGGUAAUAAGAAAA